AUGGUGGAAAGUUCGGACACGAUGCGCAUCGAGGAUAUUCCUGGGACAUCGGAGACGAAAGCCCUUCACCUGCUCCCAUCCGCCGCCAGCUCGGCGAACCAAGGGCUGGGCUUUACCUUGGCGGACGCGUUAAAGGAGGGCGAGGUGAAAUCGACGACCCCUAUGCUUCAGAUUCAGCAGAACAAAAGCAUCAACCUUUACCGGAAGACGUUCCUGCUCGGCGACAAGCGCGACGACAAGCUCGUCUCUUCUCGAACACCAAUCUACAAUCCGCAAAAGAAGCUGCUGCUGCGGCCGAUUUACAAGAUGGCCGGGCCCGGGCAAUGGAAAGUCGAUCGCGGAAAAUGCCCGGGAGAUUGCAAGAAAGAGUUGUCAAUUUGCGUGAUUCGCGAGCACAUGGCCUAUGGUUGCCCUAAGACAGUGAAGAAGGUGCAGCUGAAAUCGUUGAACUCGGAUGUCCGGGCGGGGCGUAAUCAGCGCACAACAUGCCCGGGACCGUGCGGCCGCCAACUUUCUAUCGGCGUCGUCGAGGAGCACAUUUCCUGGGGAUGCCCCAGCCACCUUGCCGAUCCGGUGGAAUGCCCUUUAUGCCCGGAGGAGAUCAAGACGCAAAUCGCCCUGCUUCUCCACUGCACCGAACAGCACAACAUGGAAACGAUGGCCCUGCAAGAGAAGACGUUCGACAAUUGGCCGGCUGCUGAGGAAUUUGUAUCGAGCGGGGAUAUGAAAGAGGAGGAAGCCGUGAUGAUUCUCUCUGUUGGCGGGACGGCCUCUGUCAAGACUUAUACGUGCUCCUACGGCUUGACGAUGGACUCGAAGAAGCGCUGCACCGCCUACUAUGCCGCCCGGAAACAAAAGGAUAAUCGGGUCUGCGUCCGUUACUGUGAGCGCCACACCCAUUGGGAGGAGCCACCUGCCGAACCGGAGCCGGAAACCACUGAACCUGCCGGACGCCCGACCUACAAGAAGCCGCCAGCCCCGACUAAACCC